AGUGACAAUCCCUCCCAGGGAAACUUGAAGUAAGUUCCCUCGUUGGGCAGCCACGGAAUUGGCGGUCGCGGGGCGGUCCCAGACUACCCUCUGUCCCGCCCCCCAGACUCAGGCUGGCCAACGUGGCGGCGGUGGGAGGGCUCAGGCCAGGGAAAGUUCGUCGCCACUGCUAUAGCAGGCAUUAGACCGGGACGUGCGGGCAGCCUGCGCUGCUCGCUAGCUAUGGGCCAUCGCCCACCUGUCCUCCUGCUCUGUGCCUCUGUGUCUCUGCUGGGUGGCCUGACCUUUGGCUAUGAACUGGCUGUCAUAUCGGGUGCCCUGCUACCACUGCAGCUGGACUUCGGGUUGAGUUGCCUGGAACAGGAGCUCCUGGUGGGCAGUCUGCUCUUGGGUGCUCUCCUCGCUUCCCUGUUCGGAGGCUUCCUCAUUGACUGCUAUGGCCGGAAACGGACCAUCCUGGGGAGCAACGUGGUGCUGCUGGCUGGCAGCCUGAUUCUGGGUCUGGCCGGCUCCCUCUCCUGGCUACUCCUGGGCCGCUUGUCCGUCGGCUUUGCCAUCUCUCUGUCUUCCAUGGCUUGCUGUAUCUAUGUCUCAGAGCUGGUGGGACCGCGGCAGCGGGGUGUUCUGGUGUCUCUCUAUGAGGUGGGCAUCACUGUGGGCAUUCUGCUCUCUUAUGCCCUCAACUAUGUCCUGGCUGGCAUCCCUUGGGGCUGGAGGCACAUGUUUGGCUGGGCGGCUGCACCUGCCCUCCUGCAGUCGCUCGCCCUCCUUUUCCUUCCUGCUGGAGCACAGGGCACAGCGGUCCACCAAGACCUCAUCCCCCUCCAGGGAGGGGAGACCAGCAAACCAGGCCUGAGGAAGCCACGAUACGCCUUUCUGGAUCUCUUCAAGACCCGGGACAGCAUGCGGAGCCGGACCGUAGUGGGGCUGGGAUUGGUGCUAUUCCAGCAGCUAACAGGCCAGCCCAAUGUGCUGUAUUACGCUUCCACCAUCUUCCGCUCUGUAGGCUUCCAUGGAGGCUCCUCAGCUGUGCUGGCUUCUGUGGGGCUUGGUACUGUGAAGGUGGCUGCCACCCUGACUGCCACGGGGCUGGUGGACCGUGCGGGCCGUAGAGCCCUUCUACUUUCUGGAUGUGCUCUUAUGGCCUUGUCUGUCAGUGGCAUAGGCCUGGUCAGCUUUGCUGUGUCUCUGGACUCGGGCCCCGGUUGCCUGGCCAUAUCCAACGCCAGUCAGCAGACGGACCUGCCUCAAAGCUCCGGUCUGCUUAAGGGUUCAUCUCCAUCACCAGUGCUGCACACCAGUGAGGACCAAAGACAACCAAUCCUGCCAAUCGCUGAGAGAACCAAGCCCCAUCCAGUCACCACAGUGUCCCUGGGACCAGCUCUGAAUGCCGCCUCCCCAGCUCCCCCAGAUCCCAUCUUGAAGCACACCCUGCUAUGUUGGUCUGCACUAAUCUGCAUGAUGGUCUACGUGAGUGCCUUCUCCUUUGGAUUUGGACCAGUGACCUGGCUGGUCCUCAGUGAGAUUUACCCAGUGGAGAUUCGAGGGAGAGCCUUCGCCUUCUGCAGCAGCUUCAACUGGGCGGCCAAUCUCUUUAUCAGCCUCUCCUUCCUCGACCUCAUUGGUGCCAUUGGCUUGGCCUGGACCUUCCUGAUCUAUGGGCUGACUGCUGUCCUUGGGCUGGCCUUCAUCUACUUGCUUGUUCCUGAGACAAAAGGACAGUCACUGGCUGAGAUAGAGCAGCAAUUUCAGAUGAACAGGUUCCCUCUGCGCUUUGGCCACAGGCAGAACCCCAGCGGUAUCCAGUACCAUCGCCUGGAGGUCUCCUCAGCCUCCUGAGGGCCCCGUCUGCUUGGAAGGUCCUAGUACAUUGGUUUCUGCAGUUCCAGCUCUCAGCCUGCUGGGGCCUGGAACUCAUGAUCCAAGUUUCCUACCAUAGUGACCCCUGCCCUAGAGGGUGCCUCUUGCUGGGGUGAGAGAUGAACCCCCAACUCUUCAUUUUGGGUGUGAGAUUCCGAGGACUCUGGAAGGUCUAGCUGCAAGCGUCAGGGUUCCCAUGGAGUUGGCUUGUCCGAUUGUUUGUAGUAACGUUCUCUGUGGUCUCUUCACCAAGGGCUUCUCAGAUGACCCGGAUGGAAGUGUGCCCCCAAAGAGCCCUGAGCCAGCAGAGGCUGCAAGUCUCUGCCUUCCUUGUCCACUCGCCAGGAUCUUAGUGAUCAGGAGCCUCUGCUUUGGUCACUCCCUUCCUCCUGUCCAGGAUAUUUAUCAGACACUGGGACUCUGGCUGGGAAGAGGCUGUUGCUUUUAACCCUGGUCCCAGUUUUCCCCGUGUGUCCCAUAGAAGCCUGGACUAGGUGCUCCUAACUCUCAGACCAGGGACAGAAACGCUCAAUGAGGAUCCUGUCACGUGGCCCUGGGACAGAGUUUUUUUAGUAGGAAGUGUUCCUAGAUUUGAAAGUGUUCCUGGAAUGCAAGAGCUAGUCUCCAACACGUGACAAGUGCCAGGGAAGGGCGGGGGACUUUGAAGGAAGAAAGAAAGAAGGGCUUGGAAGGAUUCACUGGUGUUGGCUGUUAUUACUUCUACUUUGGGUGCUAUUGACUCCCCAAGCCUCAAUUUCUCCACCUGUUGAAUGGGCAGAGUUGUGCCCUUCGGGAUAUAUUAACUUACCCCAUCUCCCUCAGGAGGGUCUUCCAUGAGUCCUAGGGGCUUCUGCUCUCUGUGUUACGCAGGGCACCUCCUUUGGUGGUAUUGUAAGGGGUCAGUCAGCUGGAGUUCAGCAAGUGGUUGAGGUCAGAGGUCGCAUAAGGACAUAAAAAAGACAGAGUUGGUUGCUGAACACUGGGUAGCUGGCUUCACUGGCAGUGUAAACCACACCCUUCUGGUCUCCAAGCCUGGUCCAGUGACCUUGCUCUUUUUCUAGAUAUUUAAUUUAUAGUCAGUGGCGUGCUGGAUUCAACUUGUGCUGGCUCCUCAGAGCCGACUACCACACGGUCAAGAUUUCUGCAGACUGGUUGCUAAGCACUGCCAUUAUUUUUUAAAAAAAGUUUUAAUUUAUAAUAAAUGAUUAGUGUAAUUCUAAUAGCCAAUACUCAGACUUCAUUAUCUCCAGCCAGCUGCAGUGGCUCAUGCCUGUAAUCCCAGCAUUCAAAAGAGGCUGAAGUUAGAGGACUGAGCAUUCUAGGCCAGUCUGGCUUUAAACCUUGUCCAACUAAAUAAAUAGGUAAAUACACAAACCAAACCCGUGUUUCUCCCUCCUCCGGGCUGCCGGGUCAUCCUCACGUGUGUCUGAUGGAGACGGCAGAAGGUACCGCAUGUUUUACUGGUCCUACAUUCAAUGCCUUCACAGAAAAUACCAGGCUGUGUCUUUGCAUCCCAGAGGUGAGGGAACACUGCAGACCAGGACGUGGUCUGUGGUUUGUCUGAUUUUUCUGGAGGUGAGAACUGUGGGGUCAGGGAGUAAGGUGCCUCCUGCGUGUAGCCGGGAUAUUGAAAACAGCCCAGAAAACGGGGUGUGUGUGAAAAUCCUUCCACUCUGGUCAGUUCAGCAGACACUUGCUCGUGGCCUUGAUGGAGGGAGGGGUUCUGGUGUAUGUCUGACCUUUGGAGAUGCAUACCAUUCAUCAAUAGUUUUUAUAUCAGGAGAUUGAGGGCAGAAAUGGGCACAAGGGAUUAAUCAACCCUUUUGAUCACCAAGGAACAAAGGGCAUUUAUUAGCUAGCAACAAUUGGGCUACUUUGUUUUUGUGUCCUGACUUUAAGGGGUUCCUCAGCUGUGUGCCUUUCUAAAACUUUCCAUUGUCUUCUUGGGUUUUUCACCUCAAAGCUAUUAUCAAAACAUGUGAUCUAACCUGAUGCUAUCAUGAGGCUUUGUUUCAGCUGUGAUGCACUCUGAGCCCUGUGAGCCCAUCUCCCAGGUUAAAAGAGUGUAAGCAAGCUGGGCCACCGGGACUCAAUUGUUUUCCUUAACCAUUAACCCGAGCCACAGUCUAUGCAGCUCCUCAAUAGAAACCCAUGUGUUCUAGCUGUGGGAUUCUUCCUUGUUUAAUUUUUUUAUCAUCAGCAUUCUAUUUAAGCCCGGCAGUGGUGGCGCACGCUUUUAAUUCUAGCACUUGGGAGGCAGAGGCAGGCAGAUCUCUUUGAGUUUGAAGCCAGCCUAGUCUACAAAAGGAGUUCCAGGACAGGCACCAAAGUUACAUAGAGAAACCCUGUGUUGAAAAAGAAAAAAAGCUCUAUUUAAACCAACAUUAUUAUUAUCAAUUAAACAGUACAGCUUAGGAAGGAAUCAUUUUCAUAAUAAUCCACAGGUUAAAAUGCCCUGUAGAACAGGAUGUUUCCAUGAGAUAAACACCCUAUACUACAGGCAGUAACCUCAAGGCCAUAAGACCAGGAGUGUUGGGGGACAGGAGAGGUCUUAACUCCCUAUCUAGAGCCAUCUAGCUUGUACCUGGGUUCAAGUAACUCCUAUAAUGUUUCAUUUCUGUAAAAAAAAAAAAAGUUACUAAAUAAAAGAUCUUUUAAUGAUGCUUUAAAACAUUA